AUAAUACUAAAAUAGUAAAUAUUCUGACAUAGAAGUGUUUCCUGUCUUUCAAUGUUUUUAAAGUAUUUGAAAUAAUGAAUGUAGGGUAUUUUAAACAUUUUUACAAGUCAUGUAUAAAUAAAGGAGGGUUUACAUUUCUUUAAUUUACAUGUGUGAAAUAUUGAUAUUAACCAAACAAAUUUGUCAUGUUCACAAGGUCAGAAAUCCGGGAAUUCAAUUUAUUUAAAAAAAAAUAUGUUAUUAAUUUUUACUGAAAGAUAUUUAAGUUGUGCGCAAAAAAAUGAAUUUAGUUGAUUAUAUAUUGAUAGCUAUUUGUAAAUAAAGUAAUUUGUAUUUUUUUCUAAAUUAUUUUUUGGACAUUAUCAUAAUCAUCAUCAACACCCGAGGGUCCACUAGGGGGCCUCAGAAAAAUAGUAGGCUAAGCAUGCAGAAAAAAGAAAAACAUGAUCCUGUUGCAUUAAAGAUAUUAGGGAAACAACUGAGAUAUCAACUCGAUCUCCGUGAUAGUCUCAGAAACUUUAAAAUGAAAAGUGAUCGCUGUCAGAUUCUUUGUUCAGUCACUCAUAAGGCUUUUUAGGCAUGUUCUGCCUUUUGCACGUUCACAGUGUACAAGCCCAUAUAUGGGAAACCGGAAGCUGAGAGCACCAUUUUCUGUGGGUUUGGAGGUUUAUCACAUCUGUCAACAAGGGUGUACACAGCCGAGCAUCCUAAAAGUAAUAGAGGACAGAGGAAAAUAAAGAGACCAAAAAGAGUCUGGACCAACAAAGAAAACGCAGACUUGAAAACGCAUGCCGAACUUGCUUAGCUUGUGAUUAAAGAUGGGGUGAUACAUUUUAAGAUGAAGGUUACAGCACCAUUAUUAUGUUCUUUAAAAGUAGGGUAGGCAAUUUCGGAGAUGCUAGCAAUAGCAAGCUAGCUUUGAAUGCAUAAGAUCCCACCCUCCCUUCAGAGCGCUCUCCAAAGCCACGCCUCCUCCAAAACACAUGAACGCGCACAGCCAGAGCAGAAUCUGCAAAGCGUCACGAGAGACGGCAUUAAAUUACAUCAUGUCUCAAAGCACAUAACAUUACUGUAAUAAUGAAUGUAAACAACUUACAGAGUUCGUACUUGUACCACCUGACUGCUGCAGAUUCUUUUCUGCACUGAUAGUGUUGACAUAGAAACUCAUAAAUCUGGAGGAUGUGAACAGCUCUGGGUAGAACAUUACAGGGGUUUCCAUCUCUUAAUUAUGGUUAAGACAUGGCGUGAAUGCAGCAUAAGCUUGUUGUUUUGGUUCAGGAGGAAGUGUAAAAGGUGGCUGCUGUUUUUUUUUACUGCGCCCGGUGACUGUCUGUCUACAACUCUGCCAGCCUUGUAGAAUGCGCUGAUGACAUGUGAUAGCAGGGUGCGGGGUGCACGGAGGUAUGGAAAUACUACAUAUUAUGUUGACAGGUAGGACCGAAUGCAAUGAUUGGACGAGUAUUUUUUGGUCCUGAGACUUCCACAGAAGAUAUAUGUAAUUUUUCAAAAAUAUAUAUUUAGACAACUUCUACUAUUUAUUGCUAUCAGGAUGUUUAGAGAGUUUCAACCAGUAGCCUAUAACAAAAAGUGUUUAUAAAAAAAUUGCCUACCCUAGCUUUAACAGCACUAUGUAAAAUGACACAAUUACGUAUUAAAAAAUAAUGUAACAAUUAAAAGUUUUAUUCUGUUGAUUUUUCGCAAUCUUCAAAGGAAUCUCAUGGUAUGUUUCCUGCACUUGAACUUCUGUGGCAUUACAUAUCAGGCUAAUUUUGUUUUCUUAAACGCUGACGCAUUAACACCUUGAGAUCUCAUUAUUUUAUUGCGGUUUAAGUUCUAAUACACAGUUAAAACAAGCACAUUUGUUGUAAUUUCAGCAGGAGCACAACAGGAAAAAUCUUCGAAUACUGACUUGGAAAGUGGGGAACUUUGCUGGUCUAUAUUCUGUUUUACAUAUUGAUCGUUUUUGGCCGAAAUAUAAAGUGGCUGUUUCAUGUUCCUGUUGUAGAUAGAUUAUUUGUAUGCAUUUCAGCAAAUUGCAUAAAGGAAUUUUGCAUCAGCAUCAAUCAGCAUUAAUAUUAAUCUCAUUUCUUGAUACAGGCGAAAACUGUCAAACGAGUUUCGCCUUAUUGCACUGAAACAAAAAAUUGCAAAAGCCAACCAACAGGUGUCGCAAACGGCUCACCAAGAAUAAUGCACUAGCGCAAGAGACUUGCCAAUGACCGUAGAGAGGGGGAUUCCGCAUUUAAUAAUUAAAAAAAUGCAAUACUACGUGAAAAGCAGAGUCAUGUGUAUAUUUUCCUGGUAAAAAAUAAUUCUAAAAAUAAUUCCGAUAUGCGUUCCCUCUAAAUUGCCAUAUCUAAGCUGGCAAUUAAAAGAAACCCUUAAUGUGGAAUAGAAAAUCUGGAACAAGAAAUGUGUUAAUUAAACCUAGAUGAUGUUCAACUAUAUUUUUCAACGAAUCCAUAUACAGACAACACUGAAAUCAAUGCAUUCUCGGUUCCGCACUGUGUACACCGUGUACAUGAACUGGCAUUGACGGGUUUACCAGUCUCAGACGUGCAGGCAGAGGGGGGCAUCCGAGUGUGCGGGUAGAGCUGUACAGUAAACAAUUUUGGUAAGCUUGCAAUGAUACACAGCAGAACUGCAUGCUAGUGCAGACGUCGCAUGCCGCAUGUGCACGCCUGUCAGUGGAGCCUGGGAGCACACAACCAUACAAGCUGGACCAGGAGGAAAACAAUCUCAAGCGAUUAUUUGGGCUCUCCUCGAGGGCGCGUGAUUGCAUGAUGAGAGAGAGAAGAGAGCUGCUGCUAUCAUGAACGAAUGUAAAACAUACUACAGAUUUUAGGCAGGCAUUGGUGGAUAAAAAAAAAAAACCAAGCAACUCGCCCUGCAAUGGAGAACCAGGCGGCGAUGGAGCAGCAGAGCUACGAGGACGUGCGGAAAAGCGGUUAUCUCCGCAAACAGAAAUCUAUGCACCGGCGCUUUUUCGUUCUCCGGGCUGCAUCGGAGCAGGGCCCGGCCAGACUCGAAUAUUAUGAAAACGAAAAGAAAUUCCGUAGCAAGUCACCAGUCCCAAAGAAAGCAGUGAACCUAGACUCUUGCUUCAACAUCAACAAACGGGCAGAUUCAAAGAACAAGCAUAUGAUAGUGCUGUAUACCCGCGGGGAGAGCUUUGCCAUAGCCGCGGACACUGAGGAGGUCCAAAACGAAUGGUACCAGGCCAUGCUGGAUCUACAAUGUAAAUGUAAGACUCCUGAUGAGUGUGGCAGUGGAGGAGACUGUGGACUGCCUUCCCCUGGCCCUGCCUUUAAGGAGGUCUGGCAAGUUAAAGUCUGGCCAAAAGGUUUGGGCCAGGCCAGGAAUCUAGUUGGAAUCUACAGACUUUGCUUAACGGACAAAACAGUCAACUUUGUCAAACUAAAUUCUGAUGUUGCAGCUGUGGUCCUACAGCUGAUGAAUGUGCGACGCUGUGGCCACUCAGAAAACUUCUUUUUCAUUGAAGUGGGUCGUUCUGCCAUGACAGGUCCUGGAGAAUUCUGGAUGCAAGUAGAGGAUUCAGUGGUGGCGCAGAACAUGCAUGAGACCCUUCUUGAGGCCAUGAAGGCUCUGAGUGAAGAGUUUCGUCAAAGAAGCAAAUCCCAGACUGUUGGUGUGAGCUGUGGAGGAGGAACUGCCUCUAACCCUAUUAGUGUACCUUCUAGACGACACCACCCAAAUCUACCACCUUCACAGGUUGGUUUUUCCAGACGUGCUAGAACGGAAACCCCUGGAGUAUCAAACACCAACACGUCUCCAACUCCACGGCACGGAUUCUCUAGGUCACGGACAGCCAGCAUUGGGGCUCGCACAGAGGAUGGAGGGGGCAGAGCAACGGCACUCAGCACAAGUCCAAGUCUCAAUGGUUCAUCCUGCUCAACUACCCCAACCCUGAGACCUAAACCCACACGAGCACCCACUCCAGCGAAGAUCACCCUCAGCCUAGCACGAUACACUCCUAACCCUACACCUUCCCCAGCCCCCAGCCUCUCAUCCAGCUCUGGUCAUGGGUCAGAAUGUGGGUUAGGUGGAGCUGCCUUUGGAACAGUGCCCAUCUGCACUUAUGCUCGAAUUCCUCAGAGAGUGUCCAUGUCAGGAUCACCCAGUGAUUAUGGUUCCUCAGAUGAGUAUGGCUCCAGCCCCGGAGAGCACUCCCUGCUAGCCACAGGGUUCCCUGGUGCCCUUGUUGAAGGUGGAGCCAGCUAUAUCCUGAUGGGUCACAGAGAAGGGUCUCACAAACGUGUUCAUGGACGCAGGGUUCUUCGUCGUUCAUCUAGUCGCGAGUGUGAGGCUGACCGCAGGCUGCUCAGCAAGCGUGCUUCCUUACCCCCCACCUCUACCCAGGAGCGUUUGGUCCCACACCGCAGGGAGGAGGAAGAAGAGGAUGAAGAAGACUAUGCAGUGAUGUCACGUAGUGCAAGUAGAGAGUCUUUCACUUCACGCCGAGGCUCAGGAGGUUCAGCUACAACAUCAUUAGUGCAGGAAAACUCAGCAGAUAAAGGUGUCAGUACUAAAGGGGGGCCUGAAGACUCCUCAAUUGACAGUGGCUACAUGUCCAUGUUACCAGGUGUUACAGCUCCUCCUGCUUCAUUGUCACUAUCAGUUUCUGGUUCAGAUGUAGUGCCAAAGGGUGGAGAUGAAUACAUGGCCAUGACCCCCAAUAGUAGUGUCUCACCCCCUCAGCACAUCCGCCUACCCAUUAAUGAGGGCUACAUGAUGAUGUCUCCUAACAGUAGCUGUUCACCGGACUUACAUGGCCUGAGUGGAUGCAUUUGGGGCAGCAGGGGCAGCAUGGAGAGUCGGGCAGGCAGCGAUUACAUGAACAUGUCACCUAUUAGUGCCAGGUCAGCUUGCAGUACUCCUCCAUCACAUCCAGAGCAGCAACCACUGCAGCCAAAGAUGGUCUAUUCUUAUUUUUCGCUGCCACGUUCAUAUAAACACACUGCCCUCUCAACCCGUUUUGAAGAUGAUCUGGACAGGGUUUGUAUGGGUAGAGGUGAAGCUGGAGGAAAGGUUGGUUACCAUUGUGGAGGGGACACACCUGUGGGCUCAGGUGGUGGUGGACAACUCUCUCUGUCCUCAUCCUCUUUCUCCUCUAGUUCAGCUAGCAGUGAAAGCCUUGAAGACAGGUCGUUGUCUCUGUCUGUUGGUGGAGUAGGAAGAGCAACCAGACUAACCACAGGACACAGGGUAGGGGGAACUCACCCCAAAGUUUCAGCCCAACACCAUCACCAGCAGAAAUGUGGGCCAGGUUUUCAGAAACAGGGUCAUUUACAGCCAAGAAAGGACAAGUUGUCCAACUUUUUUGUGGAUAUGUCCAAAGCCAAUACAUUGCCGAGAGUCAGGGAGACUUUGCUCCCAACUGCAUCCCAGAGCCCUGGAGAGUAUGUAAGCAUUGUUUAUCAGGGUGAGCGAGGAGGACAUAAUAAGGUGAGGACUACAGCUGAGCCAGGGAACUCCAUGGCACAAGGUCAUAAAAGAGCCUUUCACCGACCACAGCCAUGUCAAAGUGGAUCUGCCAACCUUCCCCGGAGCUUCUCAGCACCCCUCUCCACCUCCAUCUCUUUAUCCUCUGAAUAUGUGAACAUGGACUUGGGUAACUCACCUUCUUCUCUCACUCCCCUGUCUUCUUUUAAACCCACCCCAAAAGUCAGAGAGGAGAUCAGCAGAGCUUCUCAAGUAAAACAAGAAAUGGAAAUGGGACUCAGGAAGAGCAGCGUGACAGGCUUAACAUCUACAGAUAUCACUGCUGCUCCUUUUACAGACUAUACUGAGAUGAAAUUUGGAUUGGAUGCAGAUAAAACAUCCAUGUCCCCUAAACCUGGUCAAACACCUCUGCCAUCCUCCAUGGAGCAGGAGCAUAACAUGAAUUAUCCUUCACCCAAAGCUUUUUCAAAUGUGGAUCAGGGUGCCCGUCUAGUGAGGGCAGAAUCAUCAGCAAGAAGGCGGCAUUGCUCUGAGACAUUCAUAGCAGCUCCAGCUCUCCCCCUCUCCCCCUCUGCUUCCCCUUCUCCUUUUCCUGAAACACCACAUUGUGGUCCACCACGACAGCAAGGAUUAGAGAGUAACCUUUGGUCUAAUAAUCAGCCACCCUCUCCACAGUGUGCCAGCCCUGGAGUGGCAACUCUUCCUGCUGCUCAAGCAUCUUCCUUAACCCUGGAGCAAGGCCUGAACUACAUUGAUUUAGACUUGGUCAGUAAGGAGAAUCAAACCAGUGUGGAUGGACCUUCUGGCCCUCACUCAUUUUUCUCUCCUGUAGUAGGAGGGUUGACUGGGGGAUUGGGUGGAGCAGGAGGAAACACCACCUCCAGCAUCAACACAUAUGCCAGCAUUGAUUUCAUCAAAUCAGAUGAAUUAAGAGUUCAUCAGAGCAGCAGGAAGGACAGCAAAGAUUGUUAAUGUACUCCUGCAUUCAGUCCAGUCAGCACUUGUCCUUCCUGCGUGAAUGCGUUUGUCUGUGUGUGCACCUGAUGUGAUCUGAAAAACGGUGCGAUUGCCCACAUCCCUCAGCAGUGGACAAUUAACUGCCCUUGCCUCAUAACAACAUUUACUCUCAUUAGUUGUCAAUGGUUCAAUCAAAAUAAAAUUUGUGCCAAAAGACUAAAGGUAAUUUCCGCCAGAGAUCACUGAAAUGGACGUGUCCUUCAACCACUUAUGAAGGGCCACUGCCAACCAGGAGCCAAUGAUAUUCCUUUUUUCCUCUACCACAAACUUUAAAUUAUUGUAAGAGAGAUGUUAAAUAGUAUGAACGAUAGAUGAAAAAUAUAUAUAGCAGACAUAGUAUUACUGAGAAUAAAUCUAUCUAUCUAUCAUCUAUCUAUCUAUCUAUAUAUAUAUAAAUACAACGUUUUUUUAUAAAAGUGCCUCAUUUUUGAUUGUAGCCAUUUUUACACAGGUCUCAAUGUGCUCUGUAAAAGAAAAUUGCAUUAGAUUUUUGUUUGUUUGUUUUGCUUUCCCGUUCCUUUGUGUUCUCUAUGCUGAACAAAGUCAAAAAACAGUUACAGUAUAAAAGAGUGAAGAAAAACUAUUGGAUAGAUGAAAGAGCUUUAUUUGCUAUGGAUUGUGUAUUCAGAUUGCCUUACUGUGCUGUAUUUGUGUAUGUGUAUGUGCGUGUGUAAUCAGUCAUCCAAGCCUCAGCCAUGCUGUGCCUCGGUUCACUAAAAAAGAUUUGGACACACACACACACACACACACACACACACACACACACACACACACACGCACAAACAGAGAGAGAAAGAGAUCCAAACUGAUUGCAUAUGCUAUAACACUGUGUGAUUUAAACUUUAGUGAAUGCAUCUGCCCCUCAAGAUAAACACUUAAACAUUUAUUUCAUCCACUUUUUCUUCUAUUAAUCUGAGCAUGUUGGCAUUAGAUGGCUGGGAGCACAAAAUCUGAUGACUGAUAGGGGUCUGAUCAGUAUAACUGAAACUGCUAGUGUGACUGUGUGUGUGUGUGUGUAUGUGUGUCCAUGGCCUAUUGUCCUUAGUCAUAUAACCAGGAUGGUGUAUUAUUGUAGUAUUUCUCAUCCCCAGUUUACUACGAUCACACACACUCACAUUGAGAUCUCAAACUGUGCCUCUCUCAAAUGCAGCUCUGUUAUCAGCAGACUGUACUGCUAUAUAAAUUUAACACACACACACCAGACAGCAGAUAUCUAUCAAAUUUCUCUGUCUGACCUGUUGACAAUACUCUGACUGGUUUUUACACUCCUGCAACACACACACUUAACUUGCCCUGUAAUAGUGAAUGUGCUCCAGUUUCCACUGCUUUUGAUUAUUUUCUUCAGUUACAAGGGAGCAGGGUCUUUUCAUACCAUCUGGACAGUGGUGUCUGUCUUUACGUAGCAUGUUCUCCUUUUUAAAAGAUUUUGUUUAUAUAUAUAUAUACUACCGGUCAAAGCGGUAAGAUUUUUUAAUGCUUUUCAAAGAAGUCUCUUCUGCUCACCUAGGCUUCAUUUAUUUGAUCCAAAAUACAGCAAAAACAGUAAUAUUGUAAAAAAAAAAAAAAAAAAAAAAAAUUACAAAUUAAAAUAACUGUUUUCUAUUUGAAUAUAUGUUAAAAUGUAAUUUAUUCCUGUGAUGGCAAAGCUGAAUUUUCAGCAUCAUUACUCCAGUCUUCAGUGUCACAUGAUCCUUCAGAAAUCAUUCUAAUAUGCUGAUUUGCUGCUCAAGAAACAUUUAUUAUUAUAAUAUAUUAUAUAUAUAUAUAUAUUUAUAUUAUAAAUGUCUAUACUGUCACUUUUGAUCCAUUUAAUGCAUCCAUGCUGAAUAAAAGUAUACAUUUCUUUAAAAAAAAAAAAAAAAAAAACACCUCUUACUGACCCAAACUUUUGAACGGUAGUGAUGUUACAAAAGUUUUAUAUUUUAGAUAAAUGCUGUUCUUUUGAACUUUCUAUUCGGCAAUCAGUAUAUUAGAAUGAUUUCUGAAGGAUCAUGUGAUACUGAAGAUUGGAGUAAUGAUGCUGAAAAUUCAGCUUUGCAUCACAGGAAUAAAUUACAUUUUAAAAUAUAUUCAAAUAGAAAACAGUUACUUUAAAUUGUAAAAAUAUUACUCAAAAUUACUGUUUUUGCUGUAUUUUGGAUCAAAUAAAUGAAGCCUUGGUGAGCAGAAGAGACUUCUUUUAAAAACAUUAAAAAAUAGCUGUUUUGACUUACUUUUGAUGGCUUCUGCAAUUUUCUAAUGAAUCUAGAGUUUGUUUUGUGUAGUGUAUGUAACUUGCAAAAAAUGUGUCAAAAUGAUUCUGUUUUAGUGCCAAAUUCCAAACUGACACACUACCAUUGAUCAUGCACUGAGGAAAAUAAGCGAAACAUGCUUUUUAAUACCAGAUUUUUAGUAACCAAUAUUUUUCUCUUUUGCCUACACAAUCUGUGUAUUUUUUAUCACUUAUUUGCUAAUGUAAACUCAUAUCUCACAUUGUACAACAGCUGCCUUCAGUUACCAGGAAUCAACAUGAAGCCUUAUAGUGCUUAUAUGAAUGCCUUUUCUAUCACGUAAAAAUAAAAGCCUCCUUAGGUUAUGCUUAUUAUAUACAGGUUCAUUUAUACGUAAGAUGUGACAUUCAAUGCAGUGUUUCUAAGUGUUUAAUAGAGGUGACAUUUGCUUAAAGUGUUAAUACUCAUCAUCCACAUCACUUACACAGUGGUUGUCAAUGAUUACAGAUAACAUGCAUACCUCCCUACUGAAAUGUUCACAUACUUCAUAAUGUGUACUAAGGAUUAAAACAGAACAACAACAGGUGGUGAUUAUAAUAUGUGGUGGGCUUAAUAAUGUCCCCUUAAGAGUUUUAACUUCUGUGUUUACUUCUAAUCCUGAGCAGGACAUAUGCCUUUUUAAAUCCACCUCAUGGGUAGACCAUUACAAAUACAAAGAAAGCAUCAAAUCGUGUUUGUGUGUGCGUGUUUGUCUGUUUAUGUCGGUCCAGUCCAACUGCAAAAUGUGUUUGGCUAUUCUGUUUUACUCCAUGUCUUUUCUUUCCUAUAUUUUGAUUGCCUUAUUGUCUUUAUUAUGUCUUAUUUAAAACACGGCAGCUGUAAAAGAUGCUUUUUAUUCUAGAACAGUGGGAAGUUUGAAGAUUCUGCAUUCUAGCAGUGGGAUUUUUCUUUCUUCAGACUGACAAUUUUAUAAAGUGGUUUGGUGUAUAAAAUUGUAUGUCCCCCGACUUUCUUUCCAGAAAACAUUAACAUGGUAUUAAGUGAUGUAGAAAUACAGCCAAGGUCAUAUGUAUACUGUAGGUAAGGACUAUCUAUAUAUAGUUCAGAAAAAGAAAAAAAAGUAAAAAAAAAAAAAAAAAAAAGAAAA